AUGUAUGAUGUUCAGCAGGUGUGCCUCUUCAUGCAUGACCCACGCGAGCCCCACGUGGCCCUGAUCAAGCGCAUCCUGCGUUAUGUAAAGGACAUGCUCUCCUCCGGGCUUCACAUCGGCACCGGUCCGGUUCAGUCUCUAACGGCCUACUCCGACGCCGACUGGGCUGGCUGGUCAGAAUCUAGAUGCUCCACCUCUGGCUUCUGCGUCUACCUCGACGACAAUAUGGUGUCUUGGUCCUCCAAGUGUCAGACCACGGUGUCUCGUUCUAGUGCUAAGACGGAGUACCGAGCUAUGGCUGAUGCUGCGGCAGAGUGUUGCUAG